ACAGCGGUGAUGCAGCUGCUGCCACCGUGUACCGGGAUGACAGCAGCCGGGAUGACACCGGGGAUAACAACCACACACACACACACACAGCUGCUCUAUAAAACCACCGACACAAACACCGACAGAGACACAACGAGCUGUGUGGAACUCUCUACCUGAACAAUGGGCGUCAUCAUCUCACACAUCUUCUCCAGGUUCACCUCCAAGACACCUGUCAGGAUCCUAAUGGUGGGUCUGGAUGCAGCAGGUAAAACCACUCUGUUGUACAGACUGAAGCUGGCCGAGGUCGUCACCACCAUCCCAACUAUCGGUUUUAACGUGGAGACAGUGGAGUAUAAGAACAUCAAUUUCACAGUUUGGGAUGUUGGUGGUCAGACUAUCAUCAGACCUCUGUGGAGACAUUACUUCACUAACACACAGGGUCUGAUAUUUGUGGUCGACAGCAACGACCCCGAGAGGAUCAAAGAGGCUGCUAAUGAGCUGCACAGGAUGUUGGAGGAGGACGAGCUGAGGGGCGUGGCCUUACUGGUGUUCGCCAACAAACAGGAUUUGCCCAGAGCCAUGUCCGUCAGUGACAUCACCGAGGCCCUGGGCCUAUCAGGAGUCUCACAGCCAUGGUCUGUCCAGGCAUCCUGUGCCGUCAGCGGGACAGGUCUGGUCGAGGGUCUGGACUGGCUCUCUGACCAGAUCCUAAAACAGUAGACAUUGGUGUGAUGCUGUUCCUGCUGAAUCUCCAAAAUGCAUCAGGCUGGCAGGUGUGACCUGAGUCGAGCCGGUGAAUCCAGGAGCAUCAUGAAGGACCCCUCACAUAGCUUUGACUUGUUAAAAACACCUUGAUCUUCGACACAUGUCGAGCCAAUGUCUCUGAUGUCAACAGAAAGGAAAGUGUAGAAAAGAGUCGAUGAAACAAACAUCAAAAAUAAUCAAUAAUUCAUUGAUUGCAGUUCAUAAAACAACACUGCAACACUGAAGUCAAAUGGUUCAUCUCUAAAAUAAGAGCGUUUAAAUGCUGAUCAGUGACCAAGAGUCUACAUUGUUUUGUGUAACAGAAGUAUCUGGUGAUGUUGGGAGCCAUUGUUUCAGACAACCAGGUUGAUUAUUUAUAUGGAGAACAGGUUUAACUGCACUGAUUCCUUUCAUCUUUUCAUCUGUUUUAGAAUUAUUCUACCUCAGACGUUAAUAUUCAGUUUACCUGUCAUCUGUCAUCAGCGAUUUUACACUUAUCUUCUUAUAUACCUUUAUAGGUCAACGAUAUAUUUCUAGUUAAAGGGACAGUGUGUUGGACUUGGCAUCAUCUAGUGGUGUGGUUGCAGAUUGCAACCAACUGAGUACCCCUCCUCUCAUUCCUCCCUUUCCAAGA